GUCAGUUAUAGAUUUGUUUUGUAGGUUAUAAGAUUGUAAAUACAACUAUUAAAUAAUAAAUCCUAAAGUAUUCAAUUGUACGCCGAUAUAAUGCAAUUUUAUGAUGCUAAAUCACCUGAUGACAUGGGUUUAAACCCGUCCGAAGUUAUUAAUCUUAUCAAAACAAAAUGGGAUGAAAUCCAUUCAAACACAAAUGUUUUUCGAUACAAAAUAGCCAAUGAAGAGAAGCGUUUUGUGAAUAAUAAAUAUUAUUUACAAUUAAAUCCAAACAGAGGUGUAAAAAGAAGGACCCCAGAACAAAUGGAAAAUAUAUCUCAGCCUUUUGAUAAAAAUAAAUUUAAUUUCUGUAAAGUAUCCAAAGAUGAAGUGAUGUUUCAUUUUAAACAAGAAAAAGAUUCUUAUCAUACGGUUCUGAUUAAUGCGAGUCCAAUAAAUAAAUAUCAUUCAUUACUUUGCCCAUUUCUAGAAGAUUGUCUACCACAGAUUAUAACUAAAGACAGUUUGAUGUUGGCUGUCAAAUUUAUGCUUAUGGCCGAAAAUCGUGAUAUAAGGCUGGGAUACAAUAGCUUACUAGCUAUGGCGUCAGUAAAUCAUUUGCAUUUUCAUAUAUUUAUAGUGGAAAAUGAUUUACCUGUUGAAACAGUUAAAUGCAUACAAGUCAAAGGACCUUUGUAUCGUUUUGAAAAUAUAUAUCCAAUACCGGCAUUUUGUUUUGAAAUUGGCUCAGUUGGGACUAAAAUUGAUGAUGUAUAUAAAUUAUUAGAAUAUUUUCUACAUAAAAAUAUCGCACAUAAUAUGUUUUUAACAAGGGGGAACAGUGUUGCCAGCAAUAAUGAAGUGCUAAGGAUAUUGAUAUGGCCUCGUACGAGUUGUUUACAUAUAAAACAAUUUGAUGUAUUUAAUAUUGCAUGUUGCGAGUUAAGUGGCUGGUUGCCAGUAUACAAUGAAGAAACGUUUAUCAAACUUAAGGAGGAAGAUAUUGAGAGUGAAUUAAGAAAAUGGAAAAUAGAUGAUUUUGAUAAGUUAUGUGAAGAUUUGAAAGCUUUAUACUAAAUAAUUAAUACGAAAUAAAUAAUGUACAUAGUU